ACGACGCCCGCUAGCGCAUUGCCAACUGCAUUCCUCUCAAGCCCAAGGUUAACCUGCUUUAGGCCCGUUUAGCUCCCAAGUGCCCGCGCAGAAGCCACGAGCCAAUGUGCCCAUGUUCUCCCUGUCUCUUACACUUGAAGGUCCAGAUCUCGCCCAUCGCACUCCGUCGUCAGCCUGCAACAAGGCGCGCCCGUUUUGGGAAAUUUCGUCAUCGCUCGUCCAACACCGGUCGCCUGCGGCUAAGCAAAACUUUAAGCGCAUAGCAUACAACGCGCCGCCGGAACCUCGCGCGCCGUCUUCCGUAGCUUCGAUCGCAGUCGCUUCCAGGUACUGAAGACUGUGACGGGGAAUUUGCUAUCGCAUUUCGGCAUCGACGAGACUCAUCCGGUGCCGUCGCGCAUCAACACGGGUUACCAACGACGGCUUCUUCGCCCACGACAGUCGUCAAUCCACCUGCAUCAUGGAUCCCAAUCAAGCUGGUGGGGGAGGGUCCAACAACUCCAGCGACUUUGUGCGCAAGCUGUACAAGAUGUUGGAAAACCCGAGCGACGAGAGUGUUGUGCGAUGGGGGAAUGACGGCGACAGCUUCGUUGUCCUAGAAAACGAGAAGUUCACAAAACACAUACUUCCCAAGCAUUUCAAACACAGCAACUUUGCUAGUUUCGUCCGCCAGCUGAACAAAUACGAUUUCCACAAAGUCCGUCAUAACAACGAAGAGAAUGGGCAGUCGCCCUAUGGGCCAGGAGCCUGGGAGUUCAAGCACCCUGAUUUCAAGAUGAACAACAAAGAUGCGCUCGACAACAUCCGUCGAAAGGCUCCUGCGCCGCGAAAACCAAACCAAGCCGCCGCCGAAGAGUUCGCACCCUCACAACAGAUGGACAUGGUUAGCGGUCAAUUGAUGGCCACACAAGCUCAGCUGCAUGCGCUGGAGAGCCGCUAUAGUGAACUGAGCAUCCACCAUUCCAUGCUUCUACAGGAGGUCAUUGGGCUACAAAAAACGGUCGUCAACCACGAGCAUGUUAUGCAGCAGAUCAUGACUUUCCUACAUGGUGUCGACGCGACACAGAGGAGAAACAGCAAACUUAUCUUCCCCAACGGCGCCGACUCGCAGAACGGCAGUAUGGAGCCUCCUUCCAACACGGAUGACGACAACCCUGCUUCGCCCUUGCAGCACGCUUCUAAGCUUCUCAGCGAGACGAACGCGGACGCCAUGCUGAACCCCCGGAAUUUGGAGCAAAUGAACGAGAUCACCAUGCGCAUGAACGGGACAUUAACAACGCCACCGCCCGACUUCGCGCGAGCAGCAGCACGACCGACGAGCCGCGGUCCACCAUCUGCAACCUCCACCAACUCAAUGCGCCUAGAAAACCUCGACAACCUUGUUUAUCCCGUCGGUUCCAAUAACGGCAUCGACCCCAUGUACAGCGAGCAUAUCAACAACAUCCCGUAUGCCGCUCCGCCGAAAGCGGCCGAGGUCAGCGAGCCCAGAAUUCCAGAACCGAGAAAGAAGAAUACCAUCCCAGACCCAGGGUGGAUCAGACCUCCCCAGAUCUUGCUGGUCGAAGACGAUCCCACUUGUCGUCGAAUCGGAAGCAAGUUCUUGUACGCCUUCCAUUGCUCCAUUGAUAGUGCUCUCGACGGUUUGGAGGCGGUCAACAAAAUGAACGCUGGAUCCAAGUAUGAUUUGGUUUUGAUGGAUAUCAUCAUGCCGAACCUCGACGGUGUGUCAGCCUGCCAUCUGAUUCGACAAUUCGAUACUACUCCUAUCGUUGCCAUGACUUCCAACAUCCGAAGCGACGACAUCUCAAUGUAUUUCCAACAUGGCAUGAACGACGUUCUCCCUAAGCCAUUCACCAAAGAAGGUCUAUUGCACAUGCUAGAAAAACACCUUGUGCACCUCAAGAAGCCAAUAGCUCAAGCUGACGGAUCUAUGGUUGCACCUCAACCUGUGCAAAUCGCACGUCAGUUGGUUCUCAAGGAAGAGGACUCUCCGGCCAAGUCCCCCCAGACUGUCAGCAACUGGAACUCACCAAACCAAAUGCCGGGCGUUUCUCCAGUUGGUACCACAGUUCCGGACGAUUUUGCACAGGCAAUGCGCGGCCAGCCAGUGCAGCACCCGACUCCCUACGGCGUGAAUCCCAUGCAUGGGAACAUGGGAUAUAACACCUCGCCACACAUGCAAAUGCAACCACAGCAACAAGCACAAUUACCGCCAGGUCACCGUCGUCAGGUCUCGGAGAUAUCUGGAGGUGACGAUCUGAACAACCCAGCCAAGCGUCAACAAAUGUACCCACCUCAGAUGCAGCAGCAGAUGGGAGGAAUGCAACCGCGCCCACGUUGAUAUGUCGGUUAGCGAGGCAGUGAAGAGGGAACUUUCAUGUUAAUAAUUCGAGAAGAAGGAGUACAGCCACCGGCUUCCUGUUGACAGGCAUGGAGCACGUAAUCGCGUUGCUGGACAGAGAUGUUUCGCCAUGUUGGAGCCGAUAGUCGUGGUCGGCCCUUGUAUCUACGGGAGAGAUAAAUGCAAGGAUCGGACAGUUCGGGAAGCUGUCUGUGAGGGUAUCCAGGACCUUUGGGGUCUCCGGCGUUCCAAGGUCAUCUAUUGUGCCAGGUCCGGGUUGGACAUUUGCCAGAAAAUACCCUACGUGUUAGAUAAACAAUUGAUCAAUUCUUUUCUCAGAC